UUUUGCAAAGGGACGCGGGUGGAGUUCAGCUUGAGCGAAGCCUAACCUCGAAGGCACCACGACUGCGAGUGUCGCGGCCUCCGGCUGCCCCAGCUCCUGCGAACCAGCACCCAGCCCGGUCGUCCGCCCGCUUGGGCGCGGCUGGAUGCAGCAGGGGUCCCGCGCCAGCGGCCCUCGGCCCCGAGCGCCCGGAGUGAGCAGGGGCGGCGUGCGGGGCCCGAGGGCGCAGCGCCCUCCAUGCGCCGAGGCGUACCUCCAGACACGCCCCGAGAGAGCCCGGGGCCCACAUUGCAGCCGCCGCCCGCGCUGAGCCGGGGCGCGGCCCGCGGCCCUAGCUCUGCGGCAGCAUGAGCCAAGCCGAGCUGUCCACCUGCUCGGCGCCACAGACGCAGCGCAUCUUCCAGGAAGCGGUGCGCAAGGGCAACACGCAAGAGCUGCAGUCGCUGCUGCAGAACAUGACUAACUGCGAAUUCAACGUGAACUCGUUCGGGCCGGAGGGUCAGACAGCACUACACCAGUCAGUCAUCGACGGCAACCUGGAGCUGGUGAAGCUGCUGGUCAAGUUCGGAGCCGACAUCCGCCUAGCCAACCGCGACGGCUGGAGCGCGCUGCACAUCGCCGCUUUCGGGGGCCACCAGGACAUCGUGCUCUAUCUCAUCACCAAGGCCAAGUACGCGGCCAGUGGCCGGUGAUAGCCACUCCGACCCCAGACCCUGGCCCUCACCCGCGUUGUCUCUGCUGUACCUUCCCGCCAACUACCUCGGUGUGCGCCAGGUUUGCUGGUCCGCGUGGAAAUCGGGCUAGGUCUCUACGUCCGCAGCCACGACCAAAGCAGCGCGUCCGUGGCCCCCAGGGUUCGGUUCUCCGCAAGAGAGCGCCUCCCCUCAGCUGUCCUCCGAGCCCCUCGGAGCCCCAGAGCCUUCCCACGGCCCCCGACUGCCUAGAGGGUGGGGGCGGGGCGCAGGCUCCAGUCCAUUUUGAAAUUUGAGUCUCACACCGGGAGACUUCGGAAUCCCGAGAUACCGGAUCCUCGGCUUGAAAUGUUUUCUCCGGAAGGUGAAAGGCGCGGGCGGACUCGCGCUCCAGCCGCCCGUGAGACUCGCCCGCCCGCAGUGCGGCUCUCGCCGCUGGCGGCCGCCAAACAACCACUACCGGGCUCCACCAUCUGCGCGCCCUCGCACUAGGAAAGGGACGCUCCGGGUUCCUGAUGUCCUCAACUAUUUAUCACGUGUGUGUAUAUUUGUGGGUGAAGUUUGUGAGCCUGAGUUAUUUGUUUGGAAAUAUUGUGCGUGGUUAUGGGAGAAAGAUUUUUUUUUCCUUAAAACUAAAAACUUGAGUCUACCAUUUCUUGGUUGCACUGAAAAUACCACCUACCCCUAUGGUUUUCCCAUUGCUAGCCCCUCCCCCACUGAGUCCCUAAUCUUCCACACCUUAUUCCUCUGUUCCUCUCCCGGGAUUCUGAGUUUAGGGAGCCUAGGAUCUGUCUCCAAAGGGAGACCCCCUUCUGUGAGAGGCCACCAUUCCCCACACCGGCUGGUUUAGCAAAGUUCCAAAGAGACUUUGAAGCCAGUGUGGCCAGUACGUGGAGAUUCUGAGAGCAUGUUACCCUUCCUAGUGACUUCUAUUAUAGUUAAUAGUCGGUUGCACACUUUUUUAAAAAAGUAAAUGAAUUUGCCACAAUUAAAUGUCAUAACAUUUAUGACAGAAUAUAAAAUAUUAACAUAUUUUAAGCCAAGUUUUAGGUGUAUUUUUUUGAAUCUUGGUUGUGAACCCAAUUUUAAAGGGCGUUGUAUCCAGCGUUGUCAAGGCUGUUGUGUACCCAUAUUUAUAUUUUUAUAAAAUUCCGAUAAAGACUGUGAA